UUGCAAUUCAAUCGUAUAAUCGUAGGAUAUAGUUUAGAUUUCGGUUUCAUCGACACAAUGAUAACAAUACAUACCCAAUUAUAUCACUCUUAUGUAAGAAAUAUCAAUUUUUUGUGAGUACCUGCACGAGUGGCGUUGCCGUAAUGUUACCUAGAAUUAAUUAAUCCACAUUACUUUUUAUAAAUACAAAGUAUCAUAAAAAUAAUAAGAGAAAAUUUUCAAGCUACAGAAAAUCAUAAAGACAUAAUUACUUAUAUACAGUACCGGUAUAGGCCUAUACAAAAUGUCCAAAAUUAAUGUUAAUAAACUCGUUAACUCAUGACAAUUUCCGCACUGUAUACGCGUAAGACAUUGUUGUUGAGAUAUGCGUAAGACAUUGUUGUUAACACGUUACCUUUGACAAAAUAUUUGCACUAAGCGUAUUCCAGUAGUUUAAAUGCUAGGUUUGUCGGAAGUGACACAGGAAUCUGGCGGAAACCAAUCCCGCUAUUGACUCGGACACUAUAUAGUACGAUAUACCGAGUAAGGACUUUAAAAUUACCGACGAGUUGACAUAAACAAUUUGAUUUGAACGACUCUACGUUGCCAAUACUACUUUUUUUCCCUGUAAAUUUAUAUUAUCAAAAUGAUUAUUGCACUGAUAAUAAUAUCGUUUCUUUUGGUAUCAUGCAGUGCCAAAGUGGAUUUUCAGAAUCAGCCUGUAAAUAUGGAAGUUAUACUUGGGAAAACGACCGAACGUUUCGAUUGUGUUUUAAUUGCAUCUGAUAUUUCUGAGUUAAAGGUUGGCUGGAUUCAUACGGAUCUUAAAAUGAUAGAACGAGAGUACACUGUAGACGAAAUCACGCAAAAAAAUGAAAGGUACCACAUCGUCGGUGAUCCAUCUAUUGGUGAUUUCUCUUUGCUAGUUUCAAACACAACUGAGAGUGAUGCUGGAAGUUUUCGGUGCCGAGUGCGGCAAGCAGACGGUGUUGUUGUCAAAUCUUCGAAAGGUAUUCUCACUAUUUUAUUCCCACCAGCUGAUGGGUACCCAAAGUGUAAUUUCAAUUCAGAGAAUGACGUUACACUGUUGAAUUGCAUGGUGAAUUCACAAGCUUCUCUUGUCGAUAUUACUUGGACUAGAUCAGGAGAGACAAGCCCAAUUGCAGAAGUUUUGAAAUCAAGAGAACUUUCUACUUCGUUUACAUUAACAAAUAAUGACAAUGGAGUUGCAUACCAGUGCAGAAUCCGUGGUAAUUCGGUCGACAGCGAUCGGUUUUGUAAUAUAACUCCGAUGAAUCAACCUCCUAUUGCAGAGUUUCGUUUUGGUUUAACCCACACAAGCACAAAAAUAGGCGGCAAUGUCACUUUAAAGUGUGAUGGUAAAGGUAAACCAUACGUCUCAAAACUUAGGUGGUAUUAUGGAAAUCGUCUGAUUGAGAAGACUUCAGGAAAAUUUAAACUGUCGAUGGACAAAACAAUGCUUGAAAUAUCAGGAAUGACAGAGAUGGAUCAUGAUAAACAAGUUACGUGUGAGGUAAGCAUACCAUCAGGGCUUGCCACAAACGUUACGAGAUAUAUAAAUAUCUACAAAGUCGUUACCAUAAAGCCCCAAUCUAUACCACCGGCAACUCAAAAAAUCAGUGGUGACAAAAGUUUAAUAAUCCUAGUGACUUCAUCAGUGGUAGCUAUAUGUAUUUUACUGUUAAUAAUUCUUGCCAUGUCGUACGAAAAAUUUAAAAGAUUAUCACAUGCUAGAACAGCAUACCCAAUAAACAGUGGACUUUUUUUAGGGAUGCAAAACAAUUCACCAAGGAGUUCGACUUUACAAAGUUACCAAAGACAUUCAUUUGCAAAUGAUCUCGGCAUGCUGGAAGAGUCUGCUAAAAUAGCUACUUUGCCAAACCAAUCUGGUGGCUUUCAAACAGUCAUUUGUUACCAAUCAGGACCAGAUUCUCCUGCUAUAUGUUAUCCUGUUUCAGCGCCUGUGUCUGAGAAAGCUACAGAUUCUCCAUACUUUAAAAAUACAGCCAAGCAUAAAAAAUCAGCAUCUUUUUCAUGUGAGAAGCAACAACGUGACUUAAAAUGCAAAGCGCACAACAACUCUGUUCAGUGCUCAUCAAUGCAUUCUUUAAACAAUGUCUACGACACCAUAUCAUCUGGAAAAAAAGCACAUGAUCGCACCGGUUCAAUUUAUCCUCAUAAUAACUGUUUAUUAUUAUUAUUUUGGAAGAUGUUUUACCGGAUUAUGCUAUUUAUGGUUACUUCAUAUUAUAACUUUGAAGUAAUAUCAGGAACAAUUAAUGUUGAGUUUGUGGAAGACCCUUCAAUGGUAAAUACUAUUAAGGCAGUUUACGGAACAGUCGCCUAUAUUCCGUGUAUUGUUACUAGCAAGGAAAUUCCAUAUUCUGUGAGAUGGUUUCACGAUGGUUCCGAAGUAUUUGCAUUUCAUGAUGAUAUCAGAGUUGGUAUAAGAAAAGACAGAUAUAGUUUCCCGUCAGGGUUACAAAAUGGCAACUUUACAUUAAAGAUCAACGAUAUUAGAAGAGAGGAUAACGGCACGUUUUACUGUAUUGUAUCCUAUAAAAUUGGGUCAGGAAAAAGUUCAGGGCAUGGUAGACUUCAGGUGUAUAUACCACCUGAUGAUGACUACCCACAUUGCUCGCUUUUGUAUAACAAUGAUGGAAGUCCCAAGCCAGGGGAUUCGGUUAAAUUGUCAUGUAUAACUCGCGGAGAAGAUCCGCUUAUACAGCUAAGCUGGUCGGAUGCGGACGCUAUAGUUAUUCACCACGAAAUUACGAACAAUCUUAUUAAAGCCGUCAGCUUACGAAAAGAAGAUAAUGGAAAGCCGUAUACAUGCUCAGCAUCUGGGCUUGCCGUAGAUCCUCCAAGAACCUGCACAGUAACCCCAUUAAUGGUGAGUCCCACGGUAGCGUUUAAAUUAGCAAAGACCGAUGUAUAUGAAGGUGAAAACAUUCAGCUAGAGUGCCACGGACAAGGAUUACCUGUAAUUACAGACUAUAAAUGGUACUAUGAUGGUCAAUUUGUAGGCCAGUCUUUUGAAAGAUUUCAACUCUCGGAAGACAAGACUCGACUUGUUGUAUCAUAUAUUACUCUUAGUGAUAAAGGCAAAUACGUCACUUGUCGAGUGAGCGUAGCUUCAGGUUUGGCAAGCAAUGUGAGUGAAGUAAUUCAAGUGAGGGAAAUUGUAACUAGCAAGCCAAAUUUGCCAUUAACGCCGAUUGAAGAAGAUAACAGUCUGCUAAUAAUAAUUGGAGCUUCUCUAGGCUUUGUAAUUUUGAUUUUAAUUCUGGUUAUUGUGCAACUUUGUUAUAGAAAAGUGCGCGAUAGGAGGCAGCUGCAUCUUCAAUAUCAGGACAGCAUGUAUGAGGAGAUGAAUGAUUCCCGGUGCGAUCGAAACUCCUUCGAUAAAUUGAGCAUGGGAAGCCUAGGAGGCAUAAGUCACAUAAGUGGAAAUCAGUACUUGUUCCAUAUUAAUUCUCGGCCGGGAUCACCUCUAGAAAACAGACGUCAUUCAUGUCACUCUAUAACACCUCCGUUGAGAAAUUCAUUUUCACCUUCUAGGGCGAGUUCUCCAUAUUUAGACAGGCGAUCAUUCAAAUCAAGCAGGUCGAAUACACCACCAGAAACGCCGAACAAGACAGGGUCACCAGCUUCGGCUUAUCUCUCUCCAAGAACAGCCAGUGAAUCGCCAUUUUUUCCGCGAAAGUCUUCAGUUAGAAGAUCUCCAUCUCCACAGCCAAUUUCACCAGCAAACGGCGUAGAGCCUCCGUUUCUGAGGUCUCUUCAUGAUCACAUCGUGGCUGAUCCGGCAGUACCAAGUAAGCGGGUUAUGGAGAUUAAAGCCUCUGAAGGAAUACCACUUAAUCAAGUAGCAUCGUCAAUGAAGAACGAAUGUUGUGGUUCAAUGCCGCAUCUUAUGGAAAAAGCUGUUGAACAAACUUAUGAAGAGAUGCCCUUAACAAGAAAGGUGCGAGAUUGGAGAACUACUUCCUUUUAAAUAAACUUUUUAAUAAACUCAAAUAUUUAACAAGUAAAUUUCUAAUCAAGCUGUAAAUGUUGUAUUUAAUAGUAGUAUCAAGAGAUAACGAUGAAUUGCAUAAAUUAACCGCAGAUAAGAAUAAUUGACAUUUUAUAAAGAUAUAGUAAAAUAAAUAAUACACUUUAGUAUUUAAAUAGAAAUAGCGCCACCUAGGAUGUUUUGGGUUUGUUCGAUUGGUAAUGUUGGCAUUAUUGUACUUAAUAUUAGAUAUUAGUUUUAGGAAAUUUUUCUCUUCCAGUGUCAUUCCAUAACUGCAUUCCAAUAUAAUCCACCUAUUAAUCAAUAUUACAUUACCUUUUGUAAAUGAUUUUAUUAAAACAUUUAUGAACCUUUAAAAAAAUCUAUUAAAUCCAUCAUAAAUAGGUUACAAUUAAUUAAAGUUAGAUAAACAGGUAGAACAAUGAUAAAUGUUAUAAUAAUUAUAUGAUUAUAACAACGAAUACAAGAGAUUAUUUAAUUAACAAAUACAUGGCCUUUAAACCAAUAUAUUUACAAUGCAAUUGUAAUCAUAAACAUUUUACUUCGAACGUUGUUUUAUUGUCCCGAAUUAUCAAAAAUCGUAAUGUUAAAAUUAUUCAAAUAGGCCUACUACAAACUGUUCACACUAAUGUUUACAUUGUAUGUGAAAGUACCUGUGAAUUGCCCAUAUAUGACUACUAUGAUGAUGAUGUCAUAUCACACCUACAUGAAAGGAAUUUGUCACACCUUGUGAGUGUGGGCAGAGCUAAGUAAGAGAAAGCUUGUUCACGCCGUCUGUGGCAGUUACAAAAUUGUCAAUCACCAUUUUAUAAAGUGAUAUAAAUAAAACUCUUUUAGGGAGCAUAAUUAAAACUUUUAUUAAUUAAUGUCCUCUGAUAAAAAAAAAAAUACCCUCCAUUCUGUAAUCGUAAGCCUGAUAAAAACAGUUGAUGUACACAACACUAAGUAUUUUUUUGUAAAGAACAUUAUUCGAUCCAGAUUAUUAUAUUUUUCGCAAAAUUUAAUGCAAAAGAAAACACAACAUGUAGAUGUAACUUGACUUUGACAUUGACAUCAUGGUAAGUUUAUUAAAAUAUCACAAAAAAAUGUGUGCUGAUACAUUGGAAAUAUUUGAUAUAAAGGGCAACAAAUUAAUUGUGAUGUUGUGAAAUGCAUUAAUAGAUAUAAUACAUGGUUUCCCCAAAAUGAACUAGAGAUUAAAAUUGUGCCUAAUUGUAAGCUUGGCGAUUACUGGGUAGUAUCCUUGAGGUUCUUAUCAGGAGGAGCAGCGUUCCCACUUUGGACAACAUGGACCUCGACACAGUUUUGGCUGGUGCAGUAAUUAACCCUUUUCCUCAUACUAAAACAUCCUGUACAAUGCCUAGACCUACUCCUGUCAGAUGUGAUCCCAUCGUUCCCUCAUUGAGUACUCUGUAGUUUUCGUAGAUUCACGAAGUCGGUAAAUAAUGUAGAGUAAUCAAAUUGUAGCUAUUAAAGACUAUUUAGUGUCUAUUGUUAGUGUUAUUCCCACUUCCUAGCAUUCUUAAGUUAUGUUAUUGUUAGAGAAUUACCGAUAAACCUUCUCUUGAGAAUUUUUGGUAAAAUCGGACUUUCGUUAGUAAUUGCAAUUACCUACGACAAUGUAGUCUGAUAUAUCAAUAUACAAGCUGUAGCUAAUAUUGGAUUUCAAAUCAAUGGCAUUGUUGAAAGUUUUAGACCUACCAUUGACGAAGUAGAUCAUGAUAUGUAAUAAGUAUAAUAAUUAUUUCAGACAUGAAAGACGUUACAAUAGGUUGAUAAAACAUACAUUAUAAUA